GGCAAUCUGUUCCACAUGAACGGCGGCUUCGACAUUCGAUUGCCAGAGAAGGCGGGUGCCAAGGCAGUGGAGUGGGCACGACGGGCAACCGAGGCUCGGGAGAGAGCGUUGGCGGAGGCAGACGAGUUCGGUGACAUGAUCAUUGGUGACUACGUGGAUACCUACGUGAACCUAACCUACAAGCUCAUAGCGAGCCAUCGAUGGGCUUCUGCAUUUUGCCAAGAUAAAUCCGACGUCUUUCUGUUUAUUGACGACGACUACGAGUUCAACGCGAAGAACGUGCUUAAUUACCUGAACAGUCUGACA